CCACCACACCACAUCAUUUCAGUUCAGCACUCUGUCUCUGCAGAGAGUGCAAGCAGCCAAGCAACAAUGGCGUCCUCUAUUUCUCUGUCCAUUCCACUCUGCCCACCCUCCAACUCUCUCUCCACUUCCCUGUCUCCUUCACACAAGCCUCCCUUUCUCCAAAAGAGAACCCAAUUAUCCGGGUUCCCUCUCAGAGCCCAAACCCUCGACUUCUCUGGCUCGUUCUUCGAAGGCGCUGGAUUCGGGUCCGAGGACGACCCCAUCACUCCCGGGCCUGGCUUUACAGCUACCGAACCUAAGGAGGAACCCCAGUGCCCACCCGGACUCAGGCAAUACGAAACUAUGGCGGUUUUGAGGCCUGACAUGUCCGAGGAUGAGAGACUUUCACUCACCCAGAAGUACGAGGAGCUGCUUGUUGCUGGGGGUGCCAUGUAUGUGGAGGUAUUUAACAGAGGAGUAAUUCCACUUGCGUAUAGCAUAAGGAAGAAAAACAGAGCUGGAGAGUCCAACACUUACUUGGAUGGUAUCUAUCUUCUCUUCACCUACUUCACCAAGCCUGAAUCCAUUACCAUUCUUGAGGACACACUCCUCGCUGAUGACAAUGUCAUCCGUUCAUCCACUUUCAAAAUUAGGAAAAGGAAAUAUUAGUUACUCACCAUAAAAUGUGACUCUUUAUCUUUUUUUUUUAUUUUCAUUUGGAUUCUUGUAUUUUUUUAAUAUGGUCGAAUUCACUUACAACAUAUGUAGAGUUAUAAAACUAUUUCGGAUUUUAUAUUCAAACUCAUAAAUUUCAUGUCAUUUACGGGAAUGAAAAAGGUCUGUCUGUGACUCCUUUUCUCUUUA